AUGGGUCGUUGCGAGAGUAUUCUGGACCGAGGUCAGCCAGUGCGCACUGUUAUCGCGUCGAUCGUCCAAUUCCAGCAUGGCUCCACGUUGUGCAGCGCGGGGGAACCUGGUUAUCUGGACUUCGAUAACCUGCCGGAGACAAAUUUCUCGUGUCACGGAAAAGUGAUCGGUGGUUAUUACGCGGACGUUGAGACCGGCUGCCAAAUGUUUCACGUCUGUACCAUUGGACAGAAAGACGAGAAAAUGGACAUAAAGUUCCUGUGCCUCAACGGUACGGUCUUCGACCAGGAAACCCGAGUCUGCGAGAGGGUUGACGAGGUCGAUUGCAGCAAGAGCGAAAGAUUCUACAACCUCAAUCUCGAACUGUACGGCAACAACGCUGUCACGCUCAGUCUGCACGAUUUGAACCCCGAUGACGAGGACGACGGAUCGGAAGUGAUUGACGAAUCGCACGAAUCUCAACGCACGAGCUCGUCGCGUCCGAGCACGACGAGUACGACGACAACGACAACGCAAAGGGCCAUAGUGCCAUCGACGACAGCAGCGAGCGGGGCUUAUCAGCACCCGAGCGGUUACCCCCAGCACUACCAGCCGCAACCGCGCUUCCCAUCGGUCCAAACUAGUCAAUCGAAGUCGCUUUACGACGACAAGAACGGCGGUUACCACCAUCAGUACAUCUAUCACACCGGGGACCAUCGCACCAACAACCUGGAGAACAACAACGACGGGACCAGCAGCAACAACAACAACCAGAAUCCAAGUAGCAACAAUAAUAACAACAACAACAAUAACCAAGCGACGUCGUACCAGCUGUUCAGCAACCAAGGCGUCGGCUCGACCACCGCGAGCCCCCAAAUUCACGAGAUUCGCUACAGCUCGACGGCUGGGCCCCAGAUACAGAUCCGGAACGAUCAUCAGCCGACCGUCGCUCCUAUAUUCCACGCGACGUCCUCCACGAUACAGACUCUGCUGAACAGCAACGCGAAUAGCCCUGCGUUGAUCAAUCCGAUAUUCCACAAUCACGGGAUUGCCAGCACAACCGAACAGUUCACCGUUCACAACAACAAUCCCCGAGAAACGGAGGAAUAUCGGGACAACGAGGAAGAGGACAACGACAAUGAGGAGUCUCAGGACGACAGGAGACCCCUCGAAGCCAUACAGCCCACGACUCAGGGCAAGAUAUCAAAAUUGAAGAUUUCCCCGAUCUCCGUUCAACAAGAAUCCGUGCGAGCGGUCCAGAGGAACAAAGAGGAUCAGUUGGGCUCGGAUCCCCAUCGAAUAACGACUUCUUUCCUGGCGACGAGCAACAACAACGAUCACGAGCCCCAAACCGUCAGAUCGUUUUAUCCCACCCCGAGAACCUCCACCAAAUCUUCGUCCAGCCACGUCACUCAACAUAUUCACGUUCCCCCCUUGCCCUCGAUCCCUCAACUGAAACCCCAUCAGGUCACCAUCAAUUUGUCUCCGCCUGAUAUUCAACGGAUCGUACAAAAUCCGUCACCCCUUCUGCCCUCCCAGUCCAGGGUCAUCGUCACCGCCAAAGCCAGCGUCAGCGACGAGUCCGGGAGGCCCCUGAACUCCACUCAACUCGUCACCCUCCCAUUGCCAACGAUCCCGACGAGCUACGACGACUACAAAGAGGGCGAUGAAUCCUUCGAUCCCUUCUAUCGGGACGUACCCAAAAUUCGUAACAACCGAAAAGCUGGCGGACGCUUUCACUGGCCCGCCAGAGAACUGCGCGAAGAACGAUCCGCAAGAACCAAGCGAGAUCUGACCGUCGAGAAAACCGAGGACGCCAGUGUCGACCGGGGAAUCAAGAUUAUUCAUGAAAAAUCAACCGAAGGGAACUUCGAAAUCGAUUCUACCACCAAACCCGACGAUGAUCAAGCCUCCAAGUCGCAUGCGGAGCCCAAUUUGCCGCAAGUCAUCGAAGACCCGAAGCCAAUGUCAUCCGGUCAUCUACUGGAUUCGGAUUACGAAGAAAAGACGGAUUCUGGGCAAGUCACCGAUUCCUUCGACGACUCGGAGGCCACGAAAUCGGCGAAUGUCGAGGACGAGAAAAAACACGAUGCUGGGGAACACCCGAACGGAUCGGACGCUACUUUCAACCGGAAAAUAUUCGAUGACCCGGAAGCUCACACUUCUAAGGACGUUGACACAAGAGCUAUUGGUCAUGGCUCGAAAUAUUCGAAAGAUUAUAGCAAGCACUACGACCAGGAUGCGAAAACGUCGAGAACCGAAGGUCCGAAGACUCUGCAAAGCAGCGGGAACGUCGUGAACGACGAGUCCUCGCGGUUUUCGCUCGAACUUCCAGAAGUCGUCGACUCGAGCGAACCGGAGAGAAAACACUCGUCGAAGAAACUCCACUUUGAAGAAGAAACGAGGAACGAAUCGGGAGUGGAGGAAAAGGAAUCGAACCGCGAGAGCCAAAUGUCUGAGGAAGAAUAUCCCAAUGACGAUGAUUAUUACGACAGCGAGAUGGAUUCGUCGAGCGUGAGAAGCGACGAAGAAGAUUCUGUGGAAUACUCGAAGGAAUAUUCGCCGAACAAAAUUCAGUCUUCGCGACACCACAAGUCUUUCGAUCGCGCAAAGGUUCCGGGAGCGGAGGAUGAAUCGGGCGAAUCGAGAGAUCGUAAUCGGAGUAACAACCAGAAGGACGAAAACUACGAGGAUGAUUACGAACUUUCCGAUGCCUCGACGACUCGAAGCAACGAGGAAGUAACGUCCUACGAAAUGUCAAGCGAGUACGCGGACACUGAGCGAAGUCAGGAGAGUUCUCACGAGGUCCGGAACGACGAAGAAGAUAUUUCGAUGUCCCACGAUCACACGACCAUGUCCCAAGAAACUAUAUCCGACGACUCCCAAGAAGUUGGAGCCUCCACCGAAAAAAUGGGGCCCCUCGAACACCCCAAGAGUCACGAGGAUUCGGAAGGAGUUUUGAAGUUCACCGACGAAAUACCGAUCCUCGAAGAGAUGGACGAGCCCGAGGCACCCAAAAAUUCCGGUCGACCGGAAGCGAUGCCUCAGGACUACAUCGACGACAACUACGAGCCUCAGAGCUACAAGGAGAAAGAGACGACCACAACCGACACAGGAAUAACCGGAUACUUCGAAGAGCUCACGACCAUCCAGGCCGAGACGGAUAAACCGGAGAAAGCUGAAAUAUCGAGCACCGAAACGGUCGUUCCAACCGAUAGGCCCAAAGACGAAGAAAAUUCUGAAGAAAAUAAACAGAGUGACGAGCCCCAGACACAGAAAAAGUUGGACGACCAAGAUCCGGUGGAAAAAUCAAUCGGGUCGGACGAACCUGAAGAAAUUCCAACCACCACCCCAUCGUCUAUGACCAAGAACGCGACGACAGCUCCAACCUCGACGACGUCAACGAGCACAACUACCACGAGCACCACGACAACGACAACGACACCUCGCCCUACUCCGCCGAAGCUCUUUAAGCCUUUCACUCUGCGAAAAAGUUACGUAUACGUGCCACCAUCAACGACUCCGGUCCCGGUCGUGAUAAAGCCUCGUAUGACCCUGCUGAACCCAAAGCCAGCCAAGCCACCCAAGUCUUACAACGAUUACGCGCCUAAACCGGUCAUUCGGAAGACUCUUUUCGCUAGAAAAUUCCCACCAACCUCUCGGAUCACGACUCCGCGCGUCGAAGAGGUGGAACCUUCAACGGAAAUCCCUGCGACGAUGAUCUCCGACGUGGAAGAAAGUACUUCCAGCAUUCCGGUGACUGAAACUCCAACGGAAAUUCCGGAAGCACCAUCGACGACAACGGUCUCGACGGCUGAGCCGGACAGAAGCGUCAAAGCCGAAGAAAAUUACGUUUCCGCGUCAACGACCCAAGUUGUCGAAGCUUCCUCAACGACCUACCCUGAGAGUUUCACUCCCUGGCCCUUGCUCCGAGCCAGCGAAGGCUCCUCCACGAGUGCAAAUGUUUUGGCCAAGAAUGAGGAAAUCGAAGGUACAACAUCGAGAAACUUGGACUUGGAGAACAACGACGUGCCUCGGUUCAAGGAGCCUGAAACGGCGAGCACGACGCUCCAAGCUUCGACCUCCACGGAGUACGCAGAAACGACGAGCCAAGCGCCGAUUUCCACGUCGACCGAACCGGCCGGAAGAAACGAAAAGUUGCAGAUCGAGCCUAGCAGCGAUUCCACUAUUUUGGAGAACAACGUCGCAGUCAUCGAGCCGAAAGUAGAAGCGCCAAGCUCCACGACGGUUGGCCAGGUUACAGGUGAACCAACGACGGAAAAUCCAACCGCCGGCACAACGAUUCAACCUCCGGAUGCUCCGACCGAGGAUACGACGACGAUCGAAUCAACGACCCUCGUCUCAGUUCAGUCCUCGAGCAGAAAACCCGGCGCAAUCAAAAGAAUCGCUUCGUUCAACUGUUUGGAAAAAGAAAUGUAUCGCUACUAUGCCGAUGGCCGUGAUUGCCGAUUGUUCCACUACUGUGCGCCGGGUUUCACCUCCAGACAGGUCCUCGACUUCAGAUUCGUCUGCGAGGAAGGCACGUCCUUCGACGAGGAGAGCCAGAGCUGCGUCCAUGACCUCAACAAUCCCAAAUGUCGGAAGCGAGUCUGGUGAAAAAAAAAAGCAUUUACAGGAACAACGAUUGUUUCCUUCGACUCUUAACUCGCUCUCAGAAUCACAGUUUUCGUCGAGUCAGAUCAAUCGAUUGAUCAAACUUGCCGAAUUGCUUGAACGUCACCAGCCCGAUGAUUCAAUAAUAUGAGAAAAUCUUUUGUCUCUCAAUAAUUCAGACUCUCUCGUUUCAAUUCAUUAAAAACUACCAAACGUCGACAAAAGUCAACAAAUACUUUGCAGAAUUUAUUUUUUGUUGCUCAGCAAUUCGAGGAAAUAUUAUUCGGGAAUGGUUUGAUUGAGAUUUCGACUCCCCCAAUAAAAAGUUCACUGAAAACACGUUGAAGCAAUUUGCUGUGCCUCCGAACUCGAUUCACCUGACUUUGCAGCUUAAGAUUCCUCGUACGAGAAAAAUUAGUUUCCAAUGAUCGUUUAUAACGUGAAUGAUCAGUGUACAGUAUCUCGAUUUGAACGAGUCCAUUGACCUAUGUAAUAGCAACUAAAUAUUAAGCGUUUAGUCAGCGUCGUCCCCGAGGAUUUUUGUCUUUUUGAUUUUGAUAAUUCGUGAAUCCCAAUAUCCGUGUUAAGGCUUAUUUAUAAAAUAAUAAUAUAAAAAAUAGUUAUAAUAUUGAUUAGAUUGGUAAGAUUCAGGGGACGAAAACGGUCUUGCUUCGGCUCUCUCUCUUUUUCACCUUCCUUCGUAUAAAUAUUUAAGAUUUUGCCAUAAUACUCCGUCAAGUGGUUGUGAAUGCGCGUGUUUCGGAAUCAUUAUUGUUUUUAUAACGUAUGCAUACGUGCGAGAGUGCGAGGAUUCACGACUUAUUAAAGUUAAUAAUGUGCGACACGAGGCGACUCUUAGCGGUGGCCUUACAGGGAAGAACAUGACAAAAAUCGCAUUUAUUUUUUUAGUCAUACCCUGUAGAUGAACAUACGAAUCUCGUUCGUGGUAAAACGUGUGCAGUUGAAGUUUAAAUCGUUAAAAUGCCACGAUAAUUGUAUUCGAAUGACAGUGACUUUACAUUUUUGUAUUAUCGAAAUAUGUUUUAUACAAAAUCACAAAAAAUUUAGCUUCAUAGAGUUAAAAGAAAAAAAAAAAACACGUGACAGCAGUAAAAAAAUGAAUUUUCCUUUCGCGAAUUUCAACAUCGUCGAAAAAUUGCAUAUUUUUAUGAUCGUUAAUUUAGACUAAAAUAGAUGGAAAACGAGAUAACGAUUCUUGUAUGCACGCGAUGCGUAAUACAGACUUGGAAAGAGUUUGGCUCAGGUUCGCUGAGCUGCUAACUUUCGUGAAGAGUUAUCGUCGGUCAGGAAAGUCAUUAAUUUUUCAUUCCGACACUCCAAUUCACUCGAGAUCACUAAUUUUUUAAGAAAAACCUUCGGAAAAUGCGAAAAAAAUUGUUGAACGUGAUUUCUAGUGAAAUUCACUGGUACGAUCCUCAUUGAGCUUCCUGUCCAUUUGAUUGCUCAAUUUUUUUAAAGCUAAACGCUUCGCACCAUUUCGGAGCUUUUGUAUAUCUGGAGAUUUCCACUUUUCGGAUAGAAAACUAUAAGAAAAUGUUUUUUCCAAGUCAACUACUUGGAGAAGACACAGAAUGUUAAGUAAUUGGAUAAAACAAUUGCAUCUGUUUAAAAAUCACUGAAAAAAGUGUUGAAAGUUUCUAAUCCGUUCGAUAAAUAAUUGCGAGUAUUUAUUUUGUCAACACCGGUGAAUUAUUCUUCGAUUUAACUAUUUGAAAUUUCAGACUCGUGCAGACAGAAUAAUUUUUUCAAACCAUUCGUCAAAACUAUUUCUUCCAAUAUCUUGGUAAAAAAUAUUUGCACUUGUACGUCAGUUCCACAACGCCAAUUGUUCUACUCAUUUAUAUUCAGAGCAAAAGUGACUUUUUUCUAAUAAAAGUGAAAUGUUGUGGAAGAAGACAUAAAAGAACAGUCGAUGUAUUCACUAAUUUUUCUGAAGCUCCAAUUGACAGAGCGGAGCUUCAACAUUAUUAUUUUACAUUACCCGGAAUGAAAAUCUCCAUACUGUACAAUACACCUCAGAAAUCGACUAUCAAGAAUCACAGAUGUGUGAAUCAAACGUCAUGUGUAAAAUUAUAGUGUGGUAUGUAAUAAAAUACACGAUAUUUGUUAGUGACAUUUUGAAAAAUGAAAUCAAUGUGCAUAUUGUAUUUUCAAGUGAAAAAAAUUAACUCGUAGAACAUAUUUUAUUUUCUAGCAAACAAAAAUAAACUCCAAUGCUAGUGCAAAGACUCUCUAUAUACUUGUAACAUGGAAAUUGAAGUUUGAUGACGCUGAAGUUUCCAACGUUGGAGUCCAACGAAAUGGUCUAAAAAAACUCUCAAAUAAUUCCAGUAAAUCUCCAAUCUCGUUUCCUGCCGAAUUUCCAAUUCGUCAUAUUUCAAGCGACAUCAAUAAUUCGUGAAAUAAAAAAAUAAUGAAUUAUAAAUAUUUUAUUCGUUCAUUUCGUUGAACUCCAACGUUGCAAACUUCAGCGUCGUGAAGUUUGUACGAAUUCGUGGAUGUACGUUAUUUUUGUUUCUCGACAGAGUAAAGGAAAAUACGAGCUUGCCUGAUGUUAGUUUUGGGCGACAAAUCGAGUCGAAUAUUUAUUAAGAGACCUUAAGCCUAUAAAUGUAUUUUGUAAAACAGAUCAUUCGAGUACCGCGCGAGUAUUCCGAAUUAAUAAAUGUAUAUAUGUUUUAGUACAUAUAAAAACAAUAGUGUAAGUGUAUGAGCGAAAAAAUAUAUGUACAUUUUUCUCUGCAAAACUGUGAAAUGUCCUCGUAUUUUUUUCUAAUCUGUUGUAACAUACGCGAAUAAUAAUGAGUAGAUGAAGCAACGCUGGUUCCUUCUGUGUUUACAUCGAUCGUAUCUGUACGUGGAAUUAACGUUUGGAAGCUUCAGUUGGGUCAAUAAAUUUUUUUUCUUUGCACUCGAUGAGACAUGGUGUAUUUGACGGUAUUUCCACAAAAAUGUACAAUUCAGACGAUUACGACGGAGCAGAAAUGUAAAGAGUCGUUUUCAGAUCAAUCGACAUAUAUUGAAAAGUUAUAUUUUCUGAUAUCGGUUUUUGAAACUGCUGAAUCGAGCUAUAACUCGAACUAUUCGAAUAUAAACACUUUCGUGUAUACACAACUUAACCUCUGAUUUUAGUUGAGGAUCACUUUUCUCGAUCAUACACUUCUGUAAUAAAAAAUUUUCCUUUAAA